CGGAUUGGGAUAACUGCUAAAGAUGUUGGCUUCAAGAUAUCUAGCAGAAAGGUUCUACAGGAAGUGCUAAGUUUGUAUUCUGUACCAGAAGCUUCGUUUGCCAAAGCUUGCAUCAUCAUAGAUAAGAUGGGGAAAAUACCCAUGGAGGAGAUCAAGAAAGAGCUGAAGUUGGUUGAUUUAUCAAAUGAAGCUAUUGAGGAUCUAUUGCAAGUUCUUUCCAUGAAGUCUUUAACGGAGUUGGAAGAUUCUUGCACAAAUACACGAAUCGAGGACGGUUACAUUGUGUCCGGGGACAAUUGUGUAGCCGUGAAGAGCGGUUGGGACGAGUACGGGAUCGCAUACGGUAUGCAGACCCAACAACUUGUAAUCUGACGGCUCACGUGCAUUUCACCAACGACUGCGGUCAUUGCUUUAGGAAGUGAAAUGUCGGGCGGCAUUCAAGACGUCCGAGCCGAAGACGUAGCCAUCAACUCCAAGUCAGGAGUCCGGAUCAAAACCGGUGUCGGAAGAGGUGGGUUCGUGAAGGACAUGUACGUAAAAGGGUUCACCAUGCACACCAUGAAAUGGCCGUUUUGGAUGAUGGGGAACUACGGGUCCCACCUUGAUGACAAUUGGGACCCGAAUGCGAUCCCCGUUAUCUAAAACAUAAACUACCGAGACAUGGUGGCGGAAAAAUGUCACCAUGGCGGCUAGAUUGGAGGAAAAGUUGCCCAAGAUGUUAAAGUUCAUAUGUGUUAUUACAAACCAAACUACAAUUUGAAAUGUAAACUUUUGAUUUCAGUAUAAUGAAUUUGAUCGUCAUUAAUCAGUUUGAUCA